AUGGCCGGAGCUGGCGGUAAGUUUUCAAUCAUCUUCACCAUCGUCAUCCUCGUUUCCCUUCUCUUCCUCAGUGACCUUGUCCAUGGAAGGAAGCUGCCGAACACUGAGCCUGAGAGCAAGGCAGGGCGUGAGGAAACUGUCAUAGCGAGCCACCCCAAAAUAUUGUCCCCCCGUGUCGCUGUUAUGCUGCAGGAUGAAGCAGAAAUGGAGUCGACCGGCCCAGGCCACAGCCCCGGGGUAGGCCACUUAGCCUCAGAGAGUGAUGAUUUCUGGCCCACUGACCCUGGCCACAGCCCCGGGGCUGGCCAUUCUACCGGACCCAACGUCCGCGACUCAGGCCACCCUUGA